AUGUCGGUCCAAGAGUAUGCGGUCAAUGAGUACACCGCCAAUGCGCAACCUCACUUCAACUUAUUAAGGAUAUUGGGCGGAUGGGGCAAUGUCAAUGGUCCGGGUCUUCUCAUGCUCCGGAGCAUGCUUGCGGGCACAUCAACGGCCGCUGUCAUAGGGCUCUCCGCCGCGAUCGUAGGGAGUAGCAUCUGGGGCACCGCCGCACUACCCUUCAUCGUCGGAUCCUCAUUAGGAUUCGUACUAGGAAGCACCAGAUGGUACGUCGUUGCCGUGAAAGAGUCUAUGUUGCAGCUGGACAACUACCCCGCCAUCUUGCGCCUCCACCUGAUCGCCAACUUCCCCUGGAAACCGGAGCUCGGACGCCACAACCUCGACUGGUACAACGUCAGACGAUUUAGCUCAAGCUGGCAGAUGAAGAGCAUGCUGGUGGCAAGUUGGCUGACCGCCCAGCCCGCGCUGGACGAGAUUCGGACUCGCACUGAGGCUGCGCUGGUGGACACCUAUCUUAGGCAAGGGGGUUUUGAAGGAGAAGGCCAUGCUACUACACCGCAGGAACGCCAAUGA